CUAAAAUUCGCAGUCGAGUUUGUGGGUUUGACAAAAUCUGGAGAGCAUCGCCGGCACCAGCCCUAUCUGAAUUCGAGAGAAGGAAAAGGAAUUGUAAAGAAAGAAAUUUGGUGAUUGUUGAUUUUUGUUGUAGGGUUUGGCGCGCGGAGUGAGUUAUGGGAUCGGAUGAAGGAAUGAGUUGUUCAACUUCCAUUCCUAUCGAUUCCUCCAACCUUGGUUUUAAGUUGUUAAAAAAACAUGGCUGGAGAGAAGGAACUGGACUUGGCAUUGCUGAACAGGGCAGAUUGGAACCUGUGCCAGCUUAUAUCAAGAAAAAUAAGAGAGGAUUGGGAGCAGAGAGGCCAAAGAAGGCAGCAGUGCACCCAAAAAGUCCCGGACAUUUUUCUGACAGGAAGAUCUUAAAGGAUGGGGACAAAGAGAGUAAAACAAAGGGGAUGUCUAAAAAGAUGAAGAAAGUAGUGGAGUUUGAGAAGCGCAUGCAAGAGAGAGAAUUUGAGCGAGCAUUCUUUAGGGAAUUCUGGCCAGAUAAUGUUUAGUUUGCCUAUAGAUUGGAUGGGUGUUCGUUUCAACACAUAUCCAACUUUCUGAUAUUUGUAAUUAUUUUCAAGUCUACUUGUUAGGCAAAAUGUAACAGUAUUUUUACCUCCCAUAUUAACCAAUUCCAUUGGCUUAGACA